GUCAGCUAGAGAGGGUAUUUCACCAUGUAAUAGAAUGCCAGGCAACUACAACAAUUAUCAUACCGAUUUGGGUAUCGGCCCCAUGGUCGAUCGAACCAUUGAACAACAGAAACUGGAGAUUCAUGGCAAUUCAGAUGACAUUCUGAACAAAUUCCUGUCAUGUGCACAAAAUAUCUUACUGCCAAAGUCGUUAUAUGAUAAAAAAUUAAAAGCCAUCUGGCAUGAUUUCGCCGAUUUCUGUAGAGCACACAACCUAACACCCUUACCAUCCCUGCCUAAUAGA